AUGCAAUGUCCAUCUUCAUCUGAUAAGGGAAAAAAAAGUCCACAAAGCGAUAUAUUCAUUUAUAAUGAAAAUGGUGACUAUUAUAUGGUGCCGACCUUGUGCAAAUUGUUUCAUUAUCGGAUAGCAGCAAUAAUUUGCAGUAUUGUAGAAGUAAUGCUUCUCGCCAUAUUUGUUAUUAUAUUUUUAAGACUCGAUUUUAAUAAAAAUAUGAUGCAGAUUGGGAUAACAUUUACAUUGGUCAUUUAUGGUAUUGCAAGUCAACAAGCGAAUUAUUUAUUACCGCAGUUACUAAUAAUGUCUGUGGAAAUCAGUAUAUUAUUAAUAUUAGCUACUAUUUCGAUUAUAAGUAUGUCAAUGGGAAUACAGACAACAUACAAAUUAUUUGGGAUGUUUAUCAAUGUGCGAGAUAUUGAAAAUUCAUUAGGUCCAAUUUGGCCUUUUAAUAUGGCUAUUUUAUCGUUCUUUAGUGCAGCGAUGAUUAUUUGGUUCCAUACGAUUGUUCACGGUGCAUAUGAUUAUCUUCUGGAUAAAAAUUAUUUUACAAGAGAAUCACUUACAGAGCUAUCUAAGAAAUAA